AUAAAAUAAUUUUUUUUUCUUCGUGCAAACACAUAUAUGAACUGAAUAAUAUUCAUUCGUACGUCAAACAUGGAGUUUCAAAGAAAAAUUUUGUUACUUUUAAUUUUGGCAAUUUUUUCUCCUAAACAAAAUGCAGCAGAACAAGGAAGGGCGAGCAGUGCACCCUUUGAUGAGAAUAUCUGUUCUUUAUACGACAAUACAAAGUUAAUUGACGAUUUGCUCUUCACACAAAACUCAAAGCCUUUGGUAAUAAUUAUUGCUGAUAACAUGAUUCAUGGCAUUCAAAGAGCUAAGGAUUUGUCACUGGAUAGAAGAAUAUUUAAUAACAGACAGAAUAGAGAUAACUCUCAGUUUUAUGAAAAAAUGAUGGAAAAAAUUUAUCUCUAUGAAUCAAGAGAAAUUUCCUACUUUGUCUAUCCUGUAAACAUGAGAAAUAAUUUAUUGACAACAUACUGUCAACGAAAGCUUAUAAACGAUAGUUUUAGUGUAAUGUUUCAUUUUCUUAAUUCAAUGAAUGAGUUUCCUUUUGUUGAGGAAAUUUUCAUUCCACUAAAACCACACUCAAUGUGCACGAAACAUUGUACUUUUAUCGAAUAUAUAAAAGAAAAAAUGCAGAUUGGUGAAAAUUUCUUGGAAUUAUUCGAAUUAAGGAAAAGAUUGUUCAGCGAGGAGGGAAGAAAGCAUUUUUUUAUCAGAAAAAUUGAAAAAAUCGAUUUAUCACUGUUUUAUGAAAAUUCAUUGUCUCAAAAUGAAAGUUCGAUGAUUUUUUUUAAUUCGUUAUUAGUGGAAAUUCAAAAUUCUCCCUCCAACAGUUUAAAAGAAAAUGGAGAAAAUAGUAAAAGUCUUGAAUGCUUUCAAACGAGAUGUUUACAUCAAAAGAAUGAUUUCUUUCAACAUUCACAUUCUGCUAUGAAACAUUUACGAAAUAUUUUAAUUUUGAUUGAACAUUUAAAUUUGCUGAACAGUACGAUAUUUUCGUUGGAUAGCAGUGAUGCUUCAUUUGAAAAUUUUUGCAACAUGAUUCAUUAUUCGGAUGUGAUUAAAUUAUUUUGCUUCAUAAAGGAUUUAUCUGACGCUACAUCCCUGAACAUAGAAGCGUGGAUAAGUAAUUUAAAAUUAUUUGCAGCGAAUUCAUUGAUUGGCAAACUAUCAUGGUUCAACAGAUUGUUAGCAUUGUAUAAAAAUCAAUAUUAUUUGGAUGAAAAGUUCAUUGAAACAGAAAAGAAAGAACUUUCUACACAAACAAUUAAUUUUGAAAAAAGUUAUGGAGAUUGGUUUCAGUUUACCUUAGUUUCUGUUAGAUCUCUAAUGGAAACAGAAUAUUCCGAGACGAAUCAUGAAACAUUUGAAAAUAUCAGUGUGUUUUACGAUUAUUGGGAGACAAUUGAUGAAUUGAUUUUUGAUGUGGAAAUCGAGAAAUUAGUAAUAAUUUUAACUGAUGAUGUUGCAAAAGGAAUUCAUGUUCUUGAGAAAAUGACAAACAAUAAGAGGGUAAAACCGAAAAAAAAUCGAAAUGAUCUUCAUUAUACGGAACAAUUCCUGUACGAUAUAAUAGAGAAGAAUUUUCAUUUGUUUCAAUCCAGUGAUACUUAUUACUACGUCUACCCCACUCAACUGCAAAACGAUAUGUUUAUGUUUUACCUUCAUUUUAUGAUAUUUAAAGAUUAUUCCAAAACCACAUUCCAUGUCGUUAAAUUUGAAGAAAGUUUCUCCCCUUCAGGAGAUAAUAGUUUUACUGACACUGUCAUUCCAGCGAUAACAAAUCCAAGUUGUAUUCAACUUUCAAAAUAUUCCACGAAUAUUCCAAAAAUUUUCCUAAAUUAUUAUUUACUGCAAAAAAUAAUUUAUUUCUACGAUUCAAAUACUUUCAGAAAAUAUGCUGCUAAUUAUAAUGAUUUGUCAUUACUAUUAGCACACUACGAUGUAUGUGACAGAAAUACUGGAAGUAUGAAUAACAUUUUUUAUUCCAUACCAAGACAAAGAUCUCUUGAUGUUCAUGAUUAUAUAAUUAAUCUUAUACUAAAAUUCGACACUGAUAAUAAUUUAGACACAAAAAAUAAUGUUUUCCUCAAUGUUACCAAUCUUGAUACCAUUCUCAACUUCCAAAGAACAAUAAAAACUGCCCACAAAAACAUAAAAUCAAACAAUGACACUGAUUUAAAAGCUCUUUGCAAUUUGAACCAAAAUUUUAAACUAUUAAAAUUAUUUUGUUUCUUAAAAAAUAAUUACCAUGAACACAUUGAAGAUUCUAAUGCAAUGGGAUUGCAAAUGUUGUCAUUCAUUGAUAAUUUGAAAAAUUUCUUUACCACAUUUCUUGAAAAUACAAAUGAUUGGUUAAAAAAAUUGCUAGCAAUUUAUUACAAUGUUUAUGUAUGGGAAAAGGCCAAAAUUCUUAUUGAAUUACAAGGUGUUUAUAAUGAUAUACCAUAUGUUUCGAGAAAAAAUGAUGAUUUGUUGAAAAAAAUGAUUUUUAUAGUUGAUGAAAAAGUAAUGUCUUUGAAAGCAAAUUUAUGUCCAUGUACAUGUUCAUUGUUGAGUGAAGAAAAAUAUAAAUUUCAAAUUGAAGCUGACGUUAUAAAUUUCAAUGAAUACUUUAAGAAAACAUUAUGUCCUGGUGAUGUUAAAGUUUAUGAAUUUUUUGCUCUUCAUAAAAUUAUAUUUGACAAAAAUAUAAAUGCUGUUGGUAAAGAAUUGGAAAUCAUUAUAAUUGCACCAAUUUGGGAAGUUAGUGGCAACAUAAAACUAGAUUUCAGUGGUGAGAAAUAUAAGAGGAGAGACUCUAAUUUGACUGGAAGACAAGGAGGAACCUUUUUUGGAAUGUACGUAACUUUACAAUUAUCCAAUAAUGAUCAUUUAAAAAUUGACGUUUCUAGUGGUUAUAAGAUGAAUGGAAAAGGUAUAAUAUUACCAUUCAGUAACAAUCAGUCAUUCAAAUUUACGACAAAAUUGACAAUUAAAUCUCUUGACACCAGAAAUGAUCCAAAAAUAGUUUCCUAUCAUUCCACAAACGCUGUUAUGAGAUAUAAGAAAUUAAUCCUAUCAUCAAUGUUAAAGUACAACAAUUCUGACUAUAAAUUUUUGUACACAAAUCUCAGUAAUAACAGUGAAAUAUUAAAUGACUAUACUACGAUGGAUAUUAUUGAUGAACUAUAUAGUUUGGAGGAAUUCUAUUUACAAGACGAUAAAAAAUUAGAUUCCCUAUUUAUGUACAAAGUAUAUAAAAAAGGAAUAAUCUACAAAAUAUUAAACAUGAAAAAAAAUAAUGAUUCAUAUUUAAACGAUGAUCAAACAAUUCAACAUUUAAAUACAUUUUACACCAGAAAAAUAAAGAAUUUAGAAGAAGGUUUUUACAAAAAACCCAUAUUACACAUUAACGAUUACUUGAAAUUUAUUUUAUCUGACGCAAAUAGUAUACAAAAUCUCGACAUUUUGAAUAGAUUUCAAAUAAUUGUCAACAAUUUCACUCAGGAAUUUAGGGAAGAAAUUGCUGAAGGUGAAAAAAGACUUAUUGACAUUGGAAAAUAUGUGAAGGAAAAAACUGAUGAAUUAAAUCAACAAAUUGGAAGAAUAAAAGCAGAAAUUGAUACAUUGCAUGAACAGAAGAAAAAUGAAAGUCUUCAAUUAAAGGAAAAUAAAAUUUUAUUAGGGGAGAAUAAAAUUGUCAAACAAAUUUGUGGAACUAUUAAAAUAAUCAGUUCGUUUGCUGCACUAAUAAAUCCUUUUUUUGCCGUUGGUGGUGCAUUACUUUUAUCAACUGCCACUGUAGUAGAAUCUCUAUUAGUAAAACCCGUUAAUGAUGUUGUACACAUUAAAAUACCAAACACAAUCUAUGAUAAAUUAGAAGAAAGUAAUAUCAACAGACAAGCGCAAAACAAAUAUUCAAAUAUAACCCUUCCAGCAGCAAUGUCCAAAAAUAUUAAAGAUUAUAUUAAAAAUUAUGAUGAUUUAAGAAAACAACCUGUAGCAGGUAUUGAAGGUAUACAUAGAGAAUUAUUUAAAGACUACACCAAAGAAGUUGUGGAACAAAUGAAAACCGAAACAGAAGCAUGUUCUAAUCAAAAAGUACCGGGUAAAUGUCAAAUAGAAACUAUUAAAAAGCAUAAAGAAAAAUUACACAUAAUGGGUUCGUACAAUCAGCAAAAGCAUCUUAACCGUAUGAAAAAUCUUAAUAAAAUCCCAUUUGCAGCCGACAAUCUUCUGGUAUCAGUUGACGUUUUCAACGAUAUAAGAAAAACAGACGCUUUAGAAGAAGAAAUGAUAAAUCAAGCUAAUGAGUCUGAUCAAGAAUUGGAAAACUUGGAGAAAUUUAAUAAAGAGGUUGAAGACACAUUAAAGCCUAAAAUCGAAAAUUUGCGCAAUAUUUUCAACACUUUUUCCGAUGGUUUUGUCAAUGCAUCGACAACAACUUUUCUUGAAUUCGAAAAAUGGAGGGUUGACGAAGAAUUGUCGAAGUACUUCAAAAACUUAAAAUCAUGGGUCAAAGAUCUGAAGAUAGCAGAUGAAUUUCAAGAAAUCAUGGAUAAUUUAGAAGUAGCUAUACAAACGACUAUUAAAUUUCACAUUCUUGUCAAGGAAUUUAAGUCAAAAAUAGAUAAUGCAGAAUAUAUGGAACACCUUGUUGCAGCACCAUUUCAUGAAAUUUUCACCAACGAUCCUAAUUUAAGAGUGGCUUACACGAAAUUAAGUCAUUUUUACUAUGCAAAUCAGAUACUUGACGAAUACACCAAAUGGCUAAUUUCCUUCAAGCAGUACACAUUUCCCUGCAUGAACUAUUAUCCCGAAAUCAAGGAAAUCUAUUUUCUGGAUACUAAAUCUCCUGUGAUGAAAGCUAACAGCAUAAUUCAAGCUAUGAAAUCAGUAAAUAAACAUUUGAAUAAAAUAGAAGCUGAAGGAUACUCUGCUUUCAUAGAUUUUCGAGUUGGCAAUUUUGGUAAUGGUACUAGUCGUCCACCUUUCUAUGAGUGGAACAGUAGUUUACAUUACUCAACUAUAAAAGAGAUGCUUGAUGGUAAACAAGUGAAAUUGUUUGCAAAUAUCUCCCAUUUCGAUAAAUAUAAUGCAGUGAAAUUUCGCGAUAUUCAUCUUUUGAUUACUUCAAAUAAAUAUGAGGAGGAAUUGAGAAGGGAUUUGAGUAAUAUUUCGUUGACACUGAGACAUAAUGGGGAUAAUUAUUAUAGGUGCGACGAUAAUAUCCAUUUAAUCCAAUCGGGUGUUUUGCAGCUAAAUUUUGAUACAAUAUAUUCUAAAGCGGAUCAAUUUAUUGAUAGCGAGAAAAAUGAUUAUGUUUUGAGUCCCUUCGCCACGUGGACGGUGCAACUUAUGCUUAAUGAGAAAAAUGAAACAUUUAAAUCAUUAUCAAAGUAUGCUGAUAAUGUUAAUAUAAAAUUGAUUGGAGAUGGCAAGUUCAUGCGAAUGAAUAUGAAUAUAUGCGAAGAUGAUUUGUGGAUUUAUUACGGAAAUCGACGGUUGAACCUAGAAGCAUCGCCAUAAGAAAUAUUUUUCCAAUGACUACUAUUUGUCUAUUAAUGAUUACCAAGACAAUUUUAUUAUUGCUUUCGUAACAUUUCCAGUAGCUAUUAUUUAUCGAAGACCCAGCGUCCCAGUGUGCACGUUCUGGAACUGUUCUGUAACAGUUAAUGGAAAUAAAGAACAGUUACAGAACGGUUCCGGAACAUACACACUGGGGUGUAGGUUAACUGUCUUUGUUAAUAGUUUUAAGGAUUUCAAGAUUUAAACUAAGAAAAUUGUAUUUGGAUCCCCGAACUCUGUUUAAUGCAAGGAAAGUAAAUAAGCUUACCCUAACAGUAUCUGAAUAAUUCAGGAUGUCUUAUUGUCUUGGGGACAACCAUUCUUCUGGAGAAAUUAGGAUAUUCCUUAAAAAUCCCUUGUAUGUAUGAACAACCUACCGAUAUCUUAGAAAUAUCCUAAUCUUUGGUUACGCCCUGGACGUCCUUGGUAUAUCUUAAAAUAUCUGUUACUGUUAAGAUAGAUAUACAUUUUUAAAAACAUUAUUAAUUAAAACUAAAGAAAAAUGUAAUAAUUCCGCUGAUUUAUUUGAUUUGCCAGAAUAAAAAUUAAUUUAAAAAUAA